GGAAGGGAAGGACCCUUCGUUCCACAGUCCACCCAGAAAUACACUCAGAAGGGCCACACGAAGAGCGACGGCUCCAUUGGAACUUGGAAAAGUGCAGAAAAAGUUCAGGUCGUUUCAGGAUUCGAACCCGCGCCCAGAAUAGGUGUCCCGUUCAGGGUGCUGCCCUCUUUUUCAGGCUAAUCAAGGUGACAGACCCGAGAUCCUGCAUGGAUGGCAAGAGUGCAUCAUCCGCAGCGGCCAAGAGGGGGCGACCUGUCACUAGCUUUCCAGGGUUACCGGACCGGAAGCCCCAGGCGUGUCCCGAGGGCAGUGGCUCCUCACCUUUUCCGCCCAGGCCUGAGCCCAAGUGCCCGCCGGGUGCUGCCACCCGCCGGCUCCACCGCCCGAUGAGAGAUGGGGCCGCUGCCGAAGGCGGCCCCUCCCCGCCGGAGCCGGUUCCAGGCCCCCAGAGGGUAGAAGGGGAGGCCGGCGCGCAGCCUGCACCCUCUGAGGCUGGGGUCUUCAAGGACCAGGCGUCUGGGACUCAAUGCCCCGGCUUGCAGAUGGACAGAUUCGGAGGUUCCUCAGAUCCGCGGAGGGGCAGCCAGGGAGGCCCGAGCCCUCGCCAGCUCCAUAAGGUCACCCCAACCCCAGUGCGCGGGCUGCUUUGCAAAGUGCAGCAGGAAGACAAGCCAAACACCCACCCUCCAAGGCCGUCCCAGGCAGCAGUGGACCUCGCAUCCUGCCCGAAUCCCCCUCGGCCCCCGAAUCGUUGUGUGAACCUUAGUGCCUUCACCUUUCUGAACCUGCUCUCUUCUGUAUGAAGGAGACACAGACACAGAUGAGGGGCUAAGAUUUUAUCUGCCCUCCAGGGACCCUGGCUGCCAUCUCACCGGCCUCCAGCGGUGGCUCAGAAGACAGUCACGGACUCCAGCUUCAGGUCCCCGCGCACCUCCAGCAGGCGCACGCGCGCUGGCGGGAUCCUGUGGCGGAAGUGGUGGUAAUCCAGUCCACAGACCGUCACCUGCAGGGGCGGGGGCCGUGCUAAGGUUGCAGAGGCCGCCUGCGGGGCCAUUCUCGACCCCACUUACUUGAGUGACCCGGGCAAUCACUCUGCUGGGGCUCAGGUUCCUCACUGGGACUAUGGGCUAAUGUUCAUUCUAACCUCUUGGUUUGAGAAUUAAAUGAGUUUACCAUUCAGCGC